UGGUCGAAGAUGGCGAGGAUUUUUUUCAUAUUGAACCUCACAUGUUGAUGUAAAAUUAUCGUGUUUUGCAUAAAAUAUAAUGAAAAUUGUAUAGUUAUUCUAUAUUUUAUAUCUAAUAUAGUGACAGGGAUUUAUGUGAGACAUUAUUUUUGUCAUCAUGCCCCCAAUAUGUGGGAAUUUUGGAAAUAUAGAAUGACCUUCUAGUUUAGUAAAUUGUCAACAUUUUCAACCAUGACAUCAAAGAGAGAAGUUAGGAUCUUACUUGUUGGAGAUCCUGGUGUUGGGAAGACCUCACUGAUACUUAGCCUGGUCAGUGAGGAGUUUCCGGAUGAAGUUCCAGCUAAGGCAGAGGAAAUAACCAUCCCUGCCGAUGUCACUCCCGAACGAGUCCCCACUCACAUCGUGGACUACAGCUCACAAGAGCAAGAUGAAGAUAUACUCCAAGAAGAGAUGGCAAAGUCAAAUGUUAUCUGUAUAAUAUACUCAGUGGAUGAUGAGGACUCCAUUGAAAGAAUUACCUCAUUUUGGUUGCCUUACAUUCGAACUCACUUGGGAGAGGAGCAUAAAGUUCCUGUUAUACUCGUGGGCAACAAGUGUGAUAUGAUGGACUUCAGCACAGAGGAGAUCAUGAGGCCUAUAAUGAAUGACUUUGCUGAAGUGGAAACUUGUGUUGAGUGCUCGGCCAGAACCCUAAAGAAUAUCAGUGAACUGUUUUAUUAUGCACAAAAGGCAGUGCUGCACCCCACAGCAGCUGUCUAUAACUCAGAAGAGAAGGAGCUCACAUUGCAGUGCAAGAAGGCUCUCACAAGAAUAUUUAAGAUCUGUGAUCUUGACAAUGAUUCUAUUUUAAAUGAUGGUGAAGUUCAUCAAUUUCAAUUGAAAUGUUUCCAUGCUCCUCUUCACUCCCAGUCACUGGAGGAUGUCAAAGCCAUUGUGAAGAGGAACAUAUCAGAUGGUGUCGUCAAUAAUGGCUUAUCUUUGAAAGGGUUCUUGUUUCUUCACACAUUAUUUAUUCAGCGUGGACGCCAUGAAACCACAUGGACAGUUUUACGGACAUUUGGUUAUGAUGAUAAUUUACAGCUCACUAAAGAAUACUUGUCACCAAAGAUUCAUGUUGGCCUAGGAUGCACAACAGAAUUAUCUCUUCAAGGUCUACAUUUUUUAAAACUAUUGUUUCAAAAGUAUGAUGAGGACAAUGAUGGCUAUUUGUCACCACCAGAGUUACAGAACCUAUUUAGUACAUGUCCUAUGAUGCCUUGGGGUCCAGAUGUCAAUAAUACUGUGUGCACCAAUCACAAUGGUUGGAUAUCACUGCAUGGAUAUCUGGCCCAGUGGGAACUUACCACCCUGUUGGAUGUCCCCAGAACCAUUGAGUACCUGGCGUACUUGGGAUAUCAAUAUCUAAAUGAUAGCCAGCUGUCAGCAAUUACAGUGACAAGAGACAAAAAGAUCGACUUAGAUAAGAAACAGACCAGUAGGAAUGUGUUUAGAUGUCACGUCAUGGGGGCCAAAGGAGUGGGAAAGACUUCAUUACUACAAGGUCACUUAAAUAGGAACCUGAGAUAUGUGGCCACUUUAAACAAAGAGCACCUGUCCAGUUUCACAAUUAACACGGUUCAGGUGUAUGGACAGGAGAAAUACUUGUUGCUCCACGAGGUUGAUGUGGCAGUUAGUGACAUGUUGAAUCCCACAGAAAUGAACUGUGAUGUUGCCUGUCUAGUCUAUGAUGUCACCAACCCUAGGACCUUUGAGUUCUGUGCCAGAAUGUAUUUGAAACAUUUCCUGGACAGUCGGAUACCCACCCUGGUGGUGGCUUGUAAGACUGAGCACCCUGCCAUCCGACAGGACUACCACCUCUCUCCUGCUCAGUUCUGUCACAAGUACAAGCUCCCCCCACCCCAGAGUUUCACCUGUAUCGACAAAGUCAACAAGGAGGUCUACAUCAAACUGGCCACAAUGGCUGCCUAUCCCAACCUGAAACGUUUGGUCCACAUGCUGCUAGUUCAGCAGAACCCACUAUGGCUACAAGAAAAAAUAAGAUCUGGCGCUCAGCAUGUGAGAGACAUUAUAUCCCGGGAUGAUAAGAUAUAUCUGAAGAUCGGGCUAUUAGCUGCUGCCUUAGCCGGAGUAGGCUUUAUCGUUUAUCGAAUGUCAAGCUCCUCCAGUUCCUCAAGAUAAUACCAGACAUACUUCUACUAAUUUUAAUAUACAAUGUUAGCAUUUGCUGGUGAUAAUCAGAAUGUGCAGCAACAGAAGCCACUUGUGUGGUAAACUGUUGGACUGGUAAAGUAAGUCUUAUACACCCUGGCAACACUGUGUGAUGAUUGGCAAAAAUAGGGAAUGGAAAUAUCUCACUACACCCAGUGUUCUUCUUAAGUCUUCUCUGGACAGACUUCUACCCCUAUACUUCUGUUAGUGAGACUAUUAGGUUGUGUGGGGGUCUUGUGUUUUAUUGUUGUGUACUCAUUGUAAGUUUGAAUGAAAUCUUGUGAUUGAUUUAUUCGUGUAAUAAUCAGUACAUGUGUAUGUGUAUUGUGAUAUCAGAUCAUGAUCUGUCAAACCUAUGGAGUUAACUUUAAAAGUUUCAUGGCUCUGCAACUUAAAAUGACCAGUGUUUUUGUAGCUGAACACUUUUCGGUGGAUUUUACUAGGAAUUCACAUGUAUUUUGACUCAUUUUUUGUUUACUCAGUUUCCAUAGAAACUGGCUUUCGUUUAGCAUCUAUCAGCCAUAUUUGUCAUUUUUAAUGAGGUAUUUCAAGACGUAUAACCUUGAAUAGAAGACAAAAUGCAAUAAAAGGCAAUGUUUUAGAUUGUUAUUUAUUAUCAAAUAAUUUGAAUAAAGGAGAUAGGGGAAAAUUAAUUGAUAUAAAAUGCAGAAUGAUUUAAAUGAGUUUUUGAAAAAAAAAGUGCAGGUGACUUUAAUUAUUUCUUUAGAAUUUUACUCAUUAAAAAGCAUUUAAUUGAUGAUGUCAUCAAUUAAUUGGGUUACAGAAGUUGUACUUUGUGUAUGAAUGCUCUUACAUUUACAUAGGAAAGGUAUGUAUACUGCCUUUGAAUAAAGACGACUCGUGAUAUUGAUAA